ACUCCUCCGGUGUUAAAGCGCGCAGAGAGGAGAGCAGAGGGAAGGACGACAGGAUGGAGCGGAUGGAGUCGAUGGAGCCGAUCACGGCGAACUACACCACGUCCUACCCGGAGAUCCAGCCCGACAGCGGCUACCAAUCCAGAGAGACCACCGAGGGCAAGGCGAAGACCCCUCCACCUCCCACAUACGACGAGGAGUUAGUGCACAAGACGAUCCUGGUCGGGGACAGCGGCGUGGGGAAGACGUCUCUGUUGGUGCAGUUCGAUCAGGGAAAGUUCAUCCCCGGAUCCUUCUCUGCUACCGUGGGCAUCGGAUUCACGAAUAAAGUGGUGACUGUAGACGGAGUGAAGGUCAAACUACAGAUUUGGGACACAGCAGGACAGGAGAGAUUCAGGAGCGUGACACAUGCAUAUUACAGAGACGCACACGCUCUGCUCCUCCUGUACGACAUCACCAGCAAAACCUCCUAUGACAACAUCAGGGCAUGGCUAACAGAGAUCCAUGAGUAUGCACAAAGCGAUGUAGUCAUCAUGUUGCUCGGCAACAAGGCAGACAUGAGCAGUGAGAGAGCGAUCAGGAGAGAUGAAGGAGAAAGGCUGGCCCGGGAGUAUUCAGUCCCCUUCAUGGAGACGAGCGCAAAGACAGGAGUCAACGUAGAUCUGGCCUUCACUGCUGUGUCCAAGGAGCUGAAGCAUCGAUCCGUCCAGAUUCCCAAUGAGCCCAAGUUCCAGAUCCACGAAUACAUCGAAGCACAGAAGGAGAAGUCCAGCUGCUGCAGCUACUUCUAAAGCUCGCCGCUGAGUCCUCGUCCUCCUCCCACCGCUCAGACUGUCAGAGACACGCCGGGAGCUGCUGAGUGGGAGGAAGUCAGAUUAAAUCAUCGCUUGCUCCCAAAAUAUGAAGCUGCCGUUUCAUUCAAGACUGCAGGCCGAAAGUAGAUCAAUGAGCGAGAGGAGAAACCAAGAUAUAGACUCUGACACCCCCAUGCCUCUCUGCCACAAAUGAGCAACUGAAUAUAAUUUCAGUUAGUUCUAUAUUAUAUUAAGAGUUUAAUGCGAAAGAUAUCCUCAUCCUAUUUGCUUUCUUUUUCAGAGUUAGAUCAGAAGAUGCUCUCAUGCAGAUCUUUAAGAUACCUCGGCACUUUUUAUAUCACAGACAAAGCCAUACAUUUAAAUCAAACACUCGGUAUCUUCCUGAGUAAUACAAAAGAUUUGUGCCAUUUCAGAUAUUUUUUGCUUUUUAAAGAUUUAUUUUUGGGCUUCUUUUAUGUUUUUAUGUGAGAGACAGGACAUGGGAUUGAGCUGGAAAUCAGGGCAAUGAAGAGAAGGGUUGAAGGUUGAAUGAGUCAAACUUGUCAAUAGAAAGAUGCCGGUCAGCUCCGCCCCUUUCAGGAGAGACUGGGCAGAGUGCAAGGACAGAAGCUCCUAGUCCUCCAGGCCAGACCCUCAAUAUCCAGCUUGGUACAACCAAACUCAUACCAACAAAGUCUGCAGGAACCUGGGUGUCAUGAUUGAUGACCAGCUGACAUUUAAGGUUCAAGUGGCCUUGAUUAUCCGAUCAUGUCGGUUAGCCCUGUACAACAUCAGACCUUACGUGUCAGAACAUGCUACACAGCUCCUGGUACAGGCUCUUGUGAUAUCACACAU